CGGGCGCGGCGCCGCCUGAGCGCCCGGCACCGGCGGGACCGGGCCGGCACCGAGCGCCAGGUGAUGGCGGAGCACGCAGAGGAGCACCGGGACCACCGGGAGUACCGGCGGCUGGAGGACUGUGAAGAGGACUCGCCCCCCGGCGAGGAGGAGGAGGAGCAGCUGCUGCUGCACGUCACCGAAGGACCGACAGACUCGUGGCACCACAUUAAGGACCUGGACAGUUUCUUCACCAAGAUCUACCAGUUCCACCAGAGGAAUGGCUUUGCCUGCGUGCUGCUCUCGGACGUGCUGGAGCUGGUGCAGUUCCUGUUCGUGGUCACCUUCAGCACGUUCCUGCUGUGCUGCGUGGACUACGACAUGCUGUUCGCCACGCGCCCGCUCAACCACAGCCACGUUCCCGAGCGCGCCAAGGUGACGCUGCCCGACGCCGUGCUGCCCGCCCCGCAGUGCGCCCGCAGGCUCCGUGGCAGCGGGUGGCUGCUGUUCCUGCUGGUGCUGGCGGGCGCGGUGUGGCUGUGCCGCCUGGUCACGGCGCUGCGGCGCCUCGUGGGCUACUGGGAGAUCCGCAGCUUCUACAUCCGAGCGCUGGGCAUCCCCGCGGAGGAGCUGUGUAACCACAGCUGGCAGUCGGUGCAGGCCCGGCUGCUGGCCCUGCAGCGGCGCCAGCCCCUGUGCGUGCCGCGCCGGGAGCUGACGGAGCUCGACAUCCACCACCGCAUCCUGCGCUUCCGCAACUACACCGUGGCCAUGGUCAACAAGUCCCUGCUGCCCGUGCGCUUCCGCCUGCCGCUGCUGGGCCCCGUGGUGUUCCUGACGCGCGGGCUGCAGUUCAACCUGGAGCUGCUGCUGUUCCGCGGCCCGGCCGCGCUCUUCCAGAACACCUGGAGCCUGCGGCCGCAGGUGAAGCGGGCGGGCGCGCGGCGGGCGCUGGCGCGGGGGCUGGCGCGGGCGGCCGUGCUGCUGGGGGUGGCCAACCUGGCGCUGUGCCCCUGCGUGCUGGGCUGGCGCCUGCUGCUCGCCUUCUUCAGCUACGCCGAGGGGCUGAAGCGGGCGCCGGGCAGCCUGGGCGCGCGCCGCUGGUCGCUCUACGCGCGCCACUACCUGCGCCACUUCAACGAGCUGGGCCACGAGCUGCGGGCGCGCCUGGGCCGCGGCCACGCGCCCGCCACCCGCUACAUGGACUCGUUCAGCAGCCCGCUGCUGGCCGUGCUGGCCCGCCACGUCGGCUUCUUCGCCGGCUCCGUGCUGGCCGUGCUCAUCGUGCUCACCGUGUACGACGAGGACGUGCUGACCGUGCAGCACAUCCUCACGGCCAUCACCCUGCUGGGGCUCGUGGUCACCGUGGCCAGGUCCUUCAUCCCGGACGAGCAUGCGGUGUGGUGCCCGGAGCAGCUGCUGCAGCGGGUCCUGGCGCACGUUCAUUACCUGCCCGAGCACUGGCAGGGCCGUGCUGGCCGUGCCGAGACACGAGCAGAGAUGGCACAGCUCUUCCAGUACAAGGCGGUUUUCAUCCUGGAGGAGCUGCUGAGCCCCCUGGUGACGCCCUUGAUCCUCAUCUUCGCCUUCCCCCCCCGCGCCCUGGACAUCGUGGACUUCUUCCGCAACUUCACGGUGGAGGUGGCGGGCGUGGGCGACAUCUGCUCCUUCGCGCAGCUGGACGUGCGCCACCACGGCGACCCGCGGUGGCUGUCCGAGGGACACACGGAGGCGCCGCCGGAGCGCCAGGCGGAGCACGGCAAGACGGAGCUGUCGCUGAUGCGCUUCGCGCUGAGCAACCCCCGCUGGCGGCCGCCGCCGCCCGCCCGCCGCUUCCUCGGCCACCUGCAGGCGCAGGUGACCCGCGACGCGGCCACCGCGCCCGGCCCGCGGCACCUGCUGCCCGAGGGGCCGCUGCCCGCGUCCCUGCUGUCCGAGGAGUCGGCCCUGGCGCCCGAGGCGCUGCUCAGCAGUGUCCUGGCGGCCAGCGGGCUGGUGGCCCGGGACCCGCGCCUCGGGCCGCCCUGCAGCACGGCCAGCGCCACCGCCAGCCUGCUGGCGUCCCUGCGGACCCCCCUGGGCACCUGCGCGGCCCCCGAGAGCCCCGGCGAGCACCCCGAGGACAGGCCGGCGCUGAGCGAGUCGCGGCUGCGCAGCCUGAGCCGCUCGGCGCUGCUGGCCGAGGUGGCCUCUGCCGAGAUGAGCCUGCACGCCAUCUACCUGCACCAGCUCCACCAGCAGCAGCAGCAGCAGCCGCAGGGCCCCCAGCCCGCGGGGGCACCCAAACACCCCUUGGUGACCACAGGCUCGGCUGCCCGCGCCUCGCAGCUGCGGGAGAUGCCGCUGGGCGGCUGGGCCGAGGAGGACGAGGAGGAGGAGGAGGAAGCGGAGACGAUGACGUAGCCGGGCCCGGCGCCGGGUCCUGGGUGUGCCGAGAGCCCCCGGAGGUGCCGGGGGAGCCGCCAGGGGCACAGUGGGGGGCUCGCCGUGCCCACUAUGCUGCCAGGGGGGCCCCGUCUGUCGGGGCCCCCUGCUCGGGCCGUCCCUGGUGCCCCCGCUACGGUGCAGGGCCAGGGGUGCUGCCAGGGCCCCCCCAGGUGCUGAUUUUGGGGGGCACAGCGCUGGUGCCCCCCGUGGUGCCCCGAGCACCAGCUGAAAUAAAGGUUUA